AUGAACAACUUGCAUUUAUCUCUAGCCAUUUUCAAGCUACAACCUUUUGAAAUAUCAAAAGUGAAUAUUUUAUUGGUCGUGAUGCUGUUACUUUUUUUAGGGGGUACUUAGUGUACAAAUGUUUGAGAACAACUGCUUGUUCGGCUUUUAAUAAUAGAUGGCAGUUGGUGGAGAAUAGCACCCUCUAGUGUUCAUUCAAAGCAACUGCAUGGUCAAGAAGCCAGCAUUCUUCCACUUAUGAAAUGCCUUUGCAUAACUAACACCUAUUAUGAGGCACGUAUAUCAACAUGCAUUUUCUCACAUAAUGGAUUGGAUUGUAAUUGCAGUCAUCGUCAUGCGGGCUUUUUCCUGAAUUCGAAUGAAUGUUUUAUAGUCUAAUAGAUAAAGUACAGUAAGGGCUAAAGACAUGUGUUUUCAUACUCUGCAGGCAUUUUGGAGCGUUUUUGGGGAGAGAGCGAGCCGCUGACAUGUCCACGGGCAUCGGAAGCUGGGUCGAGCCUGGGAGCCUGCAAGCUCAGCUUCAUGACGAAGCCCACGUCAGCGGGCAGAGCCAACCACAGGCAACACAGUCAAUUGCACACAACAGCACACACGCACCGCACCGAUGCUCGCUUGUGGAUCUCUGAUGUUUUUCCACCACUGCUUGUUUCUCGUGCUCCGUCCUCUUUCUUCAGCGCGGGCACCCCUUCAUUGAGCAGUGCGGAGGAACUUGGAGGAGGUAAAAUGUUUUUAAAAGAAGGGUAUCCGCGGAGUUGGAAGCUGGAGAUGAGAUGCUGGCUCAAUGGGUGUUUCCAGCCUGACGCCUCUUUGGGAUUCCCGGGGAUUCUCUAACCUGGACCUUCAACCCAGCCUCAUAGAUGAUCUUUCCCCGUGCGACUUCGUGGCUUUGGUUCGCCGAGGAGCAUCUGGAGCAUCCGGGGACCAGGGCACUUAUGGCAUGGUGGAGAAGUGGCUGAAGAGCCACCAGGCGGCCAAGUCGGGUCCGACGGUCGCGACCCCGGCCGAGCCGAGGGACGAGAAGGGCGCCGCGCUGAGGGACAGCUGGGCGAGCAAAUGCGACGGCUUGCAGCGGAGAGCCUCGCAGAAGGAGCUGCGCAAAACUUUCGCACGCUCCAAAGCCGUCAAUGUCAACCGAACCUACGACGAGCAAGUGAACUCGCGGGCUCAGGAGCCGCUGAGCAGCAUGCGCCGGAGAGCCCUGCUGAGGAAGGCGAGCUCGCUGCCCCCGACCACCGCGCACAUCUUGAGCGCGCUGCUCGAGUCCAGAGUCAACAUCCCGCAGUACCCGUCCACGGCCGUGGAUUUCAAAUAUUACCUCAAGGAAAACAACGAGAGAGAGUUCUUCCUCGAGCUCGUCAAAGACAUCUCCAACGACUUGGACCUGACGAGCCUCAGCUACAAGAUCCUGGUGUUCGUGUGCAUCAUGGUGGACGCGGACCGGUGCUCGCUGUUCCUCGUGGAGGGCACCGGGAACAAGAAGACGCUCGUAUCCAAGUUCUUCGACGUGCACGCGGGCACCACCGUGCUCCCCUCCAUGAACUCGGACGAAGUGCAGGUGCCGUGGGGCAAAGGGAUCAUCGGCUACGUGGCCGAGCACGGGGAGACGGUCAACAUUCCGGACGCCUACCAGGAUCGUCGCUUCAGUGAUGAAAUUGACAAGCUGACGGGGUACAAGACCAAGUCGCUCUUGUGCAUGCCCAUUCGCAACAGCGACGGCGAGAUCAUCGGAGUGGCUCAGGCCAUCAACAAGACCUCGAGUGUGGAGAUCUUCACUGAAGAUGAUGAAAAGGUACUGCAGAUGUACCUGCCCUUCUGUGGCAUUGCGAUCUCCAAUGCCCAACUCUUUGCCGCCUCGAGAAAGGAAUACGACAGGAGUCGGGCACUCCUCGAGGUAGUCAACGACCUGUUUGAAGAACAGACCGAUCUGGAGAAAAUUGUCCGAAAGAUCAUGCAUCGCGCUCAGACAUUGCUCAAGUGCGAGCGCUGUUCUGUUCAGUUGCUGGAGGACAUUGAGUCACCGGUGGUGAAGUUCACAAAGUCUUUUGAAUUAUUGUCACCUAAGUGCAGUGCUGAUGCUGAAACAAGUUUCAAGGACAGUAUGGAAAAGUCUUCUUACUCUGACUGGCUCAUCAACAACAGCAUUGCAGAGCUGGUCGCAUCCACAGGACUUCCUGUCAACAUCAGCGACGCCUACCAGGAUCCUCGCUUUGAUGCUGAGGCGGACCAGUUUUCCGACUUCCAUAUUCGCUCUGUGCUUUGUGUGCCCAUAUGGAACAGCGAUCACCAAAUCAUCGGUGUUGCCCAAGUGUUGAACCGCCUCGACGGGAAACCGUUUGAUGAUGCGGACCAGCGUCUCUUUGAGGCUUUUGUGAUCUUUUGUGGCUUGGGCAUCAACAACACCAUCAUGUAUGACCAGGUGAAGAAGUCGUGGGCCAAGCAAUCGGUGGCUCUGGAUGUCCUCUCUUACCACGCCACUUGCUCCAAGACCGAAGUUGACAAAUUCAAGGUAAAUGCGGUUUACUCCGGUCGUGUUGUCCCUCCUCUGCCAGCACAUUGCGGUAACAAACCUAAUACAAUCGCUUGGAAAGACAUAUUAUUUUGGUUAUUUAUAGCAAAGUAUGGUAUAAUUUUAAUCCCCCCGACCCGCCUCGCUGUGUGCCCUCCCCGCCAGACUCUGUGUCGAUGGCUGCUGACGGUGAGGAAAAACUACCGGAUGGUUCUGUACCACAACUGGAGACACGCCUUCAAUGUGUGCCAGUGCAUGUUUGCCAUGCUCACGACGGCCGGCUUCCAGGAGACUCUGACAGAAGUGGAGAUCUUAGCACUCAUCGUGGGUUGCGUAUGUCACGACUUGGAUCACCGGGGCACCAACAACGCCUUCCAGGCAAAGACAGGCUCGGCUCUUGCUCUGCUUUACGGGACCUCCGCUACUCUUGAGCACCACCACUUCAACCACGCUGUCAUGAUCCUGCAAAGCGAGGGUCACAACAUCUUCUCCAACCUCUCGUCCACCGAGUACAGCAACCUCAUGCAGCUGCUCAAGCAGUCUAUUCUGGCCACCGAUCUCACACUUUACUUUGAGAACAGAACCACGUUCUUUGAACUGGUGAACAAAGGGGAGUAUAACUGGAACGUGAAAGCCCACAGAGACAUGUGCAGAUCCAUGAUGAUGACAGCAUGUGAUCUCGGCGCUGUCACCAAGCCAUGGGAAAUAUCCCGCAAGGUGGCUGAGUUGGUGACCAGCGAGUUCUUUGAGCAGGGCGACAGGGAACGAUCAGAGUUGAAGCUCACACCCGCGGCCAUCUUUGACCGAAACAGAAAAGACGAGUUGCCCGGUCUUCAAUUGGAGUGGAUUGAUGGAAUUUGUGCGCCGCUCUAUGAGACUCUGGUCAAGUUAAAUCCCAAACUGAAGCCCAUGCUCGACAUGAUCCAAGCCAACAGGUCCAAAUGGGAGGAGUUGAACAACAAGCGGCAACACGACGAGCACAGUGUUUCUGCCCCGGCGAGCCCCUUGGAGCCCGUCGGCUGCAAGGCGUCCAAGACGGGCGGCUCCUCCCCCUGCCGUAGCAGCAGCGCGGACCACGCGGCGGCCUCAACACCGCUGGGUUAGUGAGCUUCUUAUUGAGGUCUCUCUUCCUCUUACGGCCUGCGACUUGUGCAGAGGGGGUCUUCAGACCCUCUUGCUCCUCUGAGAAGAGCGGAAAAGCUGCCGGAGGUGUGUGAAGGUUGUCACAGUGGCAUGGCGGACUUCUGUCGUGCGGCCAUUGCACGAAGACCGAAGAGCGGGCGCCUGCGCGACGGAUGUUUUUUGUAAAUGUGUACAUACUGUCGGCUCCUGAAGAGCGCGUUGCGUUCGAGUGCUGUCACAAAACUGUGGAUUGUGGUGUGGCCGUAGAAGGAUGAUGUGUUGCCGGAGCGGCCCCGCUUGCUCCACUUCCUUCCCUCCUGUGCCUUGUUUGAAACAUUCUCCAUGAAAAAUGCAUGGCCUCCUUUGACAUGGACAUUGUAGAAAAUGGCACCCGUGAUGGAGUUUUUUUUUUUUUUUUUCUCUUUUAACAAUUGUUUUGCCAUUUUCCACCACCGCGAGUUGAUUUACCAUAAAACAGUCAAGAUGGUAAUGAAAGUCAGACUUUUCACAACAAUGUGGCAUUUUCCAGUU